AUGGAGCUAUUGCUUCUUCACUACCCAUUUACUUUUCUGCUCAUUGCAGUUCUAAUCCUUUGCCGGAUUAAUCCUGCAUUCAGAUACUUCUGCAAGAUGACCUUCUAUCAGGUGUGGAUCUUCACCGUCAGCUUUCUGGUUAUUAUCAUCGCUCUUCCUCGUGGACGCAGCUGUGAAAACGUGAAGUUUAUGCGCACGGCUAUUCUUCCAGUCAAAUAUGUCCUUGGUAUCAAGAUAGUGCUGAAGGGCAAGGAGAACCUCAGGACUAAGAAGCCUUGCAUAUUUGUGCUGAAUCACCAGAACUCCCUGGACAUUUUGGUGAUGAUGCAGAUGUUACCAAAUCGCUGUGUGCCCAUUGGAAAGAAGGAAAUACUAUACAUGGGCACUUUUGGCCUCGCAUGCUGGCUUUCAGGCCUCGUUUUCAUUGACCGCAAGAAGAAGGAAGAGUCUAUUGCUAUCUUGACAGAGAUGGCACAUGCCAUGCACAAAGAUAAUUUCCAUGUCUUGAUCUACCCUGAAGGAACUCGUAAUCACAGUGGCUCCAUGCUGCCCUUCAAACGUGGGGCCUUCCAGCUGGCCGUGAGAGCCCAGGUUCCCAUUGUUCCUGUAGUGAUUUCUUCCUACAACAGCUUCUACAGCCAGAAGGAGAAGAGAUUCACAUCAGGGACGAGUACCAUCCAGAUCCUGCCACCAGUGGAGACCGUCGGCCUGAGCUCAGAUGAUGUUCCCAAGCUCACUGAGCAGGUCCGUGACUCCAUGAUGAGUGUCUAUCAGAGGAUAUCAGGAAUGACGAAUGGGGGUUCCCAUGAGUGAUCCCAAAAACACAAAAAGGCCUGGAAACAGAAACGGCAAGGGACUACAAGCCUGACAGGAACAGGCAAAAGCAUGGAAUCACAGAAUCAUUUGAGUUGGAAGGGACUCUUGAAGCCUAUCUGGUCCAAAACCCACAGCUCCAUCAGUGCUCAGAGCCCCUCCAGCCUGACCUUGGGUGUCUGCAGGGAUGAGGUACCCACUAUAUCUCUGGGCAACCUGUGCCAGUGCCUCACCAACCUUAUUGUGAAAAUCUUUCUCCUUGUGUCCAAUCUAAAUCUCUCCUCUUUUAGUCUGAAACCAUUUCCCCUUGUCCUGUCACAGCAGCCCCUGCUGAAGAGUCUGUCCCCUUUCUUACAGCCCC